GACCGGACUUCGCUCCCACCCUCCGGGCCCGGAUGCAGGGGCGGGUGCUGCCUUCUCCUGGGAGACCGGAGCCCGCGGUCAGCCAUAGGAUUCGGGGCUCGGUCGCCCUCCCGCUGAGCCCUGACCUCGGGCCGAGGGUGCCCCUGGGGGAGCCCUGGCCGUGUCCUGCACCACCUUCCAGAGCUGGCCGGCUGCCCCGCUCAGCUGCACUGUCCUUCCUGCUUCCAGGCUCUGAGAGGCUCCUGGCAGCUCCUGUGGGCUGCUGGCCUGGGCUCUGGGCAGGAAGGCCAGGCUCACAGGAUGUCUGCUGGCCAGGAAGGUGGCCCUGAGGCCAUCUGCUCAGUGGGCAGACACCCGAGGCCCUGGGGGUGGGGUGCUGGGGGUCUCCAGAGGGACAUGUAUCUUCCUGGGGCCUGGCCUGGCUGCCCCCACCCCUGAGACGGGGUGUGCUCACCUCUGAGGGCUCCACCCCAUGCCAGGCAUUCAGCCCAACCCUUGGGGCCUUGCAGGGCCUCAGCACCCACUGAGUCCAGUCAGCCUGGCUGGUGGACAGGGCAGGGCGUGCUGACCCAUUUUGCCCAGAGGUGAAGGACCCAGUCAGGAUGGUGAGUGACCUGCCCACAGAGUGGGAGGCAGAGCCUGCACAGGCGCCCAGAUGUCCGGUUCCUGGCUGCACAGCUUGGGUGGCCUCCCUCCCUUGCCCGGUCCCCGCAGGGCACCCAGCACCAAAGGCAGGGGAACCCCCAGGCCCAUGGGAUGAGAGCUUGUCCCAGACUUGAGGUGAGAGGCCGCUGAGAGCCACACUUCAAUGCCGGCCCUGGGCGCACGGGGAGGCAGGUGCUGGGUGCUCAGUGGCACCCACUGGGUGUGUGGGUGCUUGGAUGUUUGUGGAGCGACUGUAUGAACGCCAGCAGAAUCCAGGGCGGGAAAGGACCGGUGUCUGCCCCUCUGUCCAGCACACGCUGACCUGCUGGCUUUCAGGGUGGGGGCAGCUGUGCGGGGGGAAGGGCCAGGCUGCCCAGCCCCCUCCCGGCCACCGCACCGCACUUCACUGUCUUUUUACUCAUCCCCUCAUUACCCUGCCGGGAUUUCCCGUCUUCGUUAUCGCCUCACCCGCCCCCACUAGAAUGUUGCCCUGGCGAGACUGGGCGGUUUGUCUCUGUCACUGACACCCGAGUGCCCAGAGGCUGCCCGGCUCUGGGUGGGGACUCAGCACGUAUUUCUCCACGUCGUGAGAGCAGACGUUCUCGUGAGAGAGAGACGAACAACACCCAAGUGAGCAGGGAAACCCGGCGGGAGACACCUGAGGGGCAGGGAGAGGCCGUGCUGAGGUCUGUGGGCCCCUGUUCAGGGUCAGGUGGGUGUCAGAGAGUGAGGCGGGCUCUUGGGGAGCCGUGGGACCCCAGCGGUUUCUCUCCUGCUCCUGCCCCUCCCCCGAAGGAAUGAGCCAAGUCCAGGAAGACAACCCCAGCCCCACCUCUGGGCAGGUGAACAUGGACGACUUGGAGUCGGACUUCAACCUGAAGGUCGUCCUGGUCAGUUUCAAGCAGUGUCUCAACGAGAAGGAGGAGGUGCUGCUGGAGCACUACCUCGCCGGCUGGCGGGGGCUGGUCAGGGUCCUGAACAGCCUGGGCGCCAUCUUCUCCUUCAUCUCCAAGGACGUGGUGACGAAGCUGCAGGUGAUGGAGCGCCUGUGCAGCGGCCCCCAGCGGGACCACUACAGCAGCCUGCAGUCCAUGGUGGCCUACGAGGUGGGCAACCAGAUGGUGGACCUGGAGCGCCGCUCCCCCUACAACGCCUCGCUGGCCGCCUACCACCCCUGGAUCAUCCGCCGGGCCGUCACCGUGGCCUUCUGCACGCUGCCCACGCGCAAGGUCUUCCUGGAGGCCAUGAACGUGGGGUCCACCGAGCAGGCCGUGGCCAUGCUGGGCGAGGCCCUGCCCUUCAUCGAGCACGUGUACGACAUCUCGCAGAAGCUCUACGCCGAGCACGCCCUGCUGGACCUGCCCUAGGAGCCAGCGGCCCGGCUCCCCUGCCCCAGAGCAGUCCCACCGUGGAGCUUUCUGGGGGUUCCCGGAGCAGAAACGUCGCUGUUCCCCCACCCGCUGAGCUUGUGGGGAGCCAUGGGCCUGGCGCGGCCCACGUGGGCUGCAGACGGAGUUUUUUGGCGCCGGCCGGCCGGGUGGGUGGGUGAAGGGCAGAAGGAGGGAAGGUGGGGCAGGAUCAGCGUUCACGCAAAAGCCCAGGAGGCUGCCCUCACCUGUGAGUCCAGUCUGCGCAGCCGGAGAGUCCCAGGUCCCUGGAGAGCAGACUCCUCACCCGCCGACGGUCAGCGAGUGUGUGCUUCUCGGGCCCUUUGGGUCCUGGUGUCGGUGGCAGGUGGGCUGGCUGUCCCUGGGGCAGGGAGGGAGCCUGGGCAGCGUUAGCGCUGCGUCUCGUUCCCUGCCCCCCAUCUCCUUAGCCGGGGCCCAAAUGCCCUCCGCACGGCUGCAGCCUCCUGCGACCACACUGCUCCCCCAGGCAGCUGCUUGUGAGCCUGCACAGCUCAGCCCCGGAGCCCCCGCCUGCUGGGCCCGCUGGCCUCCCUGGCACCCAGCACUGCUGCAUCCCCUCUCCCUGCCCCGUGCUGCCCGUCCCCAUGGAGCCCAGAGACCCAGGAUGCACAACAGAGCGGGGCCUGGACCUCUUGCCUGACGGGCUGGCAGACGGGCUCACCCAGCCUGGCCUGCCCACUGGCUCUUCACUGUAACCUCAGGACCCUGGUGCCACAGCUUUGCCGUGCAGCGUCGCACACGAGUGUGAGCACAAGUGUGAGCUCGCGGGGACCCUUGAACACUGCAAUACGGGUGAUCAAUAAAUUACAAUUACAGAA